UUGCGCAGCAUACAAAUGUCCUCUAAUAUGCUGGAGUAUUUGGAUUCCAGUAUGUUUAUCAAUUCUCAAUUUCUCUAUGACAUCAAUUUGAGUAACAACAAAAUCACAGUCUUACCCGACAAUACCUUUAGUUUUCUCAAUAAUCUUACCAAUCUAGAUUUGUCGGCCAAUCCUUUAGUUACCACCAAUCUUAAGGAAAUAUUCCUGCAUACACCCCGACUGCGUCGCCUUAAAAUCUACAAUAUGGGUCUUUAUAUACUACCACAACUUAACUUACCUCUACUCUCGUAUCUAGAUGUCAGCGGCAAUUAUCUUCAAGAACUAUCCUCGUUACACGAAAUGCGACAAUUAAGAUUUGUCAACAUCUCGCAUAAUAAAAUCGUUAAUGCUUCCUGUGCCGUAGAACAUUUACCCAAUUCGGUGAGAGUACUAGACUUAGCGCAUAAUCCUUUGAGAAGAAUCUCCAUACACGAUAUGGCCACAUUGAGACACUUAUCCGAUCUCAAUCUACUAGAUGUAAAAAUUAUCAAUCCCUUAGCCUUUAGUAAACUAAAAUCCUUGCGAAAACUACAACUAACAGCCCAUUCCAAUUUGGCUGAUAUAGUCUCGCGUAUACCGGGAUUACAAGAACUACGACUACACUGCCUGGACUCGAAUAUAGGUCCACAACUAUUUCAAAAACUAGCCAAUAACACUAAACUACAACUGGUCGAAUUGUAUGGCAUGAAUGUUCAGACCAUAUCGCCCGAUGCUCUAGAGGGUUUGGCGCGCAAUCAGAAAUUACAAGUGAAAAUUUCACAUACUAAAAUCUCCGAUCUGCCUCCGGGUAUUUUCUAUACACUAAGAUCAGUGCCUCAUUUAUCGAUAGAUAUUUCUCAUAAUAAAAUCAAUGCCUUGGCGGCGGAUAGUUUUUAUCCCAAUAAAACCUAUUGGGAUACAGUGGGUACACGCAGUAUUAUGGGCGGUUUAGAUACAUCACACAAUCCGUUGGAGUGUGAAUGUGGUCUGGUGUGGUUCGGUCAUUGGCUGAGACGAUGGCUUCGUGAAUCGGCUCAGAUAAAGGUCAUACAAAAGGAUGACAUGAAGAAAAUGGUGCAG